GUCGCCUUGCCAAUGGUCGCAAUGGAGUAAUGAAGUAAUGGGCGAUAUCCUGUGCUGAAGGCCUCGACUCCACUCUGGGGAUGGAAGCCUGACUACAAACAGCCACGACAUGAGCAAGGACGUAGGUGUACACGAGCCCCAACCCCCGGGCGGCUACUAUGUCGCCCCGGAGAAGGUCUCAAACUGGGAGGGCUUCAAGAAGUUCAUGUACAACCAAGAAACUGGACAAGUACUGGGCAGAACAGCCUCCAGCUGGGGUAAGAUCGGAGCAUUCUACCUGAUCUUCUACUGUGUGUUGGCGUCCAUGUUUGGGAUCAUGUUGUGGAUCUUCUACCACACGUUGGAUCCAAGGAUACCUCGGUGGACCCUGACAGAGUCACUCAUCGGGAGACAUCCAGGCCUUGGUUUCCGUCCCAUGCCUAAUGAUACAGAUGGCAGAAGUACACUCAUAUGGUACAGAGGGAAGGAUUCAAAAACGUUUGAACUAUGGACUAAAACGUUGGAUGAAUUUUUAGAUGUGUACAGACGACCAGGCUUGACUCCAGGUCGGGGUCAGAACAUAUACAACUGUGACUAUGACAGACCUCCAGGCCGCGGACAAGUGUGCGAUGUAGACGUCAAGAACUGGCAUCCUUGCAUAUCUGAGAACCAGUUCAACUAUCACAAGUCUGGCCCCUGUGUCUUUGUCAAACUCAACAAGAUUUACGGUUGGAUUCCAGAAUAUUAUAAUGAUACCUCAACACUGCCCUCUGAUAUGCCUGCUGAUCUCAAAGCCCACAUAAACCAACAAAAAAGUGUAAACCCUCUCUUUCUUAACACAGUCUGGGUGACCUGCGAAGGGGAACAUCCACUUGACCAGGAGAACAUUGGGGAGAUAAGAUACAUCCCUAAACAAGGUUUUCCGGGAUACUUCUACCCUUAUGUCAACACUGAAGGAUAUCUCAGCCCUCUGGUGGCAAUACAGUUCAUCAGACCUAAGACUGGUGUCAUUAUAAACGUAGAAUGCAAAGCCUGGGCAAGAAACCUUAUACACGACAGAAAAGAGAAAAUUGGAGUUGUACAUUUUGAAGUUUUGAUAGAUUAGGUUUUGAUUACUUAAUGUAGUAUUUCAAUAAAAAACUGUGUUCACUUUU